AUGGCAUGCGAUGCUAAUGUAUCCAACGACACCCAUAGAACCAAUAUAAGUCUAGAGGAUGACAAAGACAACGCUCGCAAACAUUACUUCGAAACAGGGUUGAACGCACUCUUAGCCAACCCUAACUUUCUGCUCCUCUACGUGCCAGAUAACGGGACCAAAAUGAGAAUUAUACGGCCUGCCAGCAAUGUAUACCAUCGAAACCGGAUGAUCGAAAGGAUUAAUGAAGCCAAGUAUAUCCCAUCUUUUUACUAUGCUUUGUCGCACCUUUGGGGUCUCUCAGAAAACAACCGGUACCUUUGGAAUGGUAUCAGCGAAUACGUGGAUGAUGAAGAAGGGAUAGCUGUCAAACCUGUUUCGAUGAGACCUGAAAAACGUUGCGCACUACUGAAGUUGCUCAAGGUCCAUCCGGACAGUUAUUGGUGGAUCGAUGUCUUAUGUGCACGUACCGAAACACCGCUCGAUAUCAUGGGUGAUAUAUACUCUUGCUGCCUUGAAUGCGUUGUCAUGAUUGAUUGUGAACCGAGCCUGAUACCAAAAAUUCACGCAAUGCACCAUUCGAAAAUGGAAAUCGAGGAAUUAUAUCGCACGAAAGAGUACAUAGCAUACGAGCAGAUCUGUCAAACCGAAGGGCUCCAACUGACCGAACUCUUGUACACAUUCUUCCAAAGUCGAUGGUGGAAGCGUGUAUGGACCUGGCAGGAGAUGGCUCUACCUAUGGGAAAUGUGCGGUUUAUGGCUGAAACAGACACUCACCAGCUCCAAACCAACACAAUAACUCGGGAGCAACUACUUGGAUUUGAAGAAAUGGCGUACAUUAUAGUAUUUACUCUAAACAGGGCAUUGUAUUAUAACCAGAAUGAAUUACACGGUGCGAGGCAUGUCGAUGACAGGAUGCUAAAGUUAGCCACUGAAGUUCAUUUAGAUUUCGAGGACAUAGGGUGCGCAAGAUCAUCCAUCAACUAUCGUAUCUCGGGAAACAAACGUGAUUUUGCCAUUAUAAUUGCCUCACUAAUGUACUCUACCCGACGUUGUUAUGAUCCAGCUGAUUAUGUCUAUGGUGUACUGGGAAUGAUGCGGAUCAAAAUCCCAAGGAUGUCCGACCCGAAUGCAGUUUGGUGGCAUUUAUUGUCGAAGUUGGAUGAUUUAGUUCCGCUUGGCUCUAGAAGAUGGAUAGAUCGUGCACACGAAAUUGAUUUACGUAAAGUUCAAACACUUGGUGAUGUAUUCUCCAAGGUUCUCGAUGUCUAUAAUGGAACUAAAUAA